AUGGAAGAUGCGGACCUAAUAUUACGUCGCCGUCGCGACAACGGAAAAGUCGCACAGCGGAAUUUUCGCACAAGACAGGCCGAAAAAGCAUCAGAGCUGAAGCAGAACUACGAACAGCUCAAAAGAAUAGUGGAGACCAUUGUGCUUGCCCAUGGCGAACAUGAUCAGGCCAAAUUGAAUGAUGCCAUAGCCCAGGCCGGACAGGCGACUGGGCUGGAGGUGGUAGAGCGAUGUGCGCUCUCUACUUCGCCUAAAGCUUCAAUAGUAGUCGCCAAACGGCCAGGUCUUGUUCAUGGGUCUGCAGUAGCAGCCUCAGCACAACCCACGACGAGAGAUAUAUAUCGAGAGUCGUUUUACCAACCUCGCUCCGGGCGUUUUAGCCCACGGCUUGGUUACGGCAUCUGGCUGGAACCAGAGCGCUUUCUUAAGAUUCUUGACCCUCCCCUCGAUAUCCUCCCGUACGUUGGAGCUGGUAAGUACACCGUGGCUGGCCGGAUUGCCUGGGCCAGCCUCGAUUAUGGCUAUGCUUGUCUCCAAGAGGCGAUGAUAGCCCGGGCAACCAAUACUAUUCCGAAGGACGAUUGGAUCGCAUCAUUACCUCCCGAGUCAGCAGCUCGUCGAGCAUUUGAUCGAUCGCUCCGACACUCGAAGCCUCUUCACGAUGUUGCUUACAUGAUGGACCUUGUGGAAGCACGAAUUGAGUUUCGCGAACAGGGUUAUAUGCGAGGAAACACUCGCGGUGGUGACGAGGUUUCUCGACAGGUUAUGCAGGGCAGUGUCGCGCACGAUCUACGUGCCAGGCGAGUCAGAAUGGAUCAGUGGUGGACCGCGUUGGAUAUUGAGGCACAUCUUCAGGCCGUGAUGGGCGUCGACGACUUCUCUGCUCUGCAGAUUGCUUUGUGCAGCCAGGAAGCAGAUCAAGCUCAGAUGUUUAUGCCUUUAGCCCGAAGUCUGGGACAUAAUGGGGUUUGUUUUGGCGACGGACCUCGCUGGCAUGCCCCAUCUGUCAAGGCACUCGUCAGUGCAUGGUUAGACCAGAUCUCGGUGUUGGGUGUUUGGUAA